CGAAGCUCGACGACGAGGUCAAGAUGGCCGAAGGAGUGGAUACUGGGGACGAUCUCUUUGAGAGUCUGCGUAAACAAGUCGAUCCUAAGAAGCUCGAGGAGAAAGCAAAAGCGCAAGCUGAACGAGAAGCUGCUCAAAGUGCCAAAGCAGCUCAGAGACUGGGAGAAUUGAUUGGCAGCAAUUCCAGCCUCCCAGUCACCAUCUCCUCAAUCCGACUCAUUGGUGCAUCACAUACAAGGAGAUCCUUCCUUGACCGAAUAUUCGACCCUAUCCUCACCGCAAAUAGAGACAAGGCCUAUACAUUACAAGAAGCUUUGCAAGAGGUUGGCAGUGCUACAGAUAAGUUGCGGCGCUUUGAAAUAUAUCACCCAAGUCUUUCCACUUUUGUCGAUCGUCCAGACCCUACGGAUCCGAAUUCGUCUCCCACCGAUAUUGAUGUGUAUAUACAAGCAAGGGAACGAGGUCGGAUAUCCUUGAAGACAGGCACAGAUUUGGGCAAUGUCGAAGGUUCCGCAUAUGGAAACCUUACCUGGCGAAAUAUACUUGGCGGUGCAGAGUCGUUGAACUUGAAUGCCUCUGCGGGAACACGGACGAGAUCUGCCUAUCAAGCUACAUUCGAUACACCAAUUCUUAGCGAUCCUGACAAGAGGGCGACAGUGGAUGUGUUGGCAAGCAGUACAUUGAAGCCAUGGUCAAGUCAUGAAGAAGUAUUGAAAGGAGCGGGAGCGAAGUAUAGCUGGGCUACGAAAUCAGGAACGAGGCAUCAAGUUGGAUACACAGGAAUGUGGAGACAGGUUACAGGCUUGGCUGCCAAUGCUUCGCCGACAGUACGAACAGACGCUGGUGAUUCAGUCAAGAGUAGUAUAAUUCAUACGUGGUUUGCAGAUCGACGAGAUCAUCCAUUCCUUCCAACAAGAGGAUACUAUAUGAAGACUGUUUCGGAGAUCGCAGGAUGGGGACCAUUACAGGGCGAUGUUGCAUUUUGGAAAUCAGAGCUCGAAACCUCAGCUGCUAUUCCAAUACCUAUACUCGGGAUAAAAGGUGACAGUGGAGUCUCCUUGACAGGUGGUAUACGAGGUGGCAUGUUAUACCCUUUGGCCAUCGGAUUUGGAUCCGAAAUCAAACCAAGUAGAAUCAACGAUCGUUUCCAGCUUGGUGGUCCGACAGAUGUCCGUGGAUUUAAGAUGUCAGGUCUAGGACCAAGGGAUGGUCCGGAUGCUGUCGGUGGCGAUAUAUAUGCAGCUGCUUCUGCGAACCUGCUCAUGCCCUUUCCAAGAGUUGGCAAGGACACGCCAUUGAGGUUACAAUUGUUUGCGAAUGCAGGACGAUUGCUUGCCCUACAAGAUGGGAAGAAGAGUACAAGUCAAAGUUUUUACAGCACGGCUGCACAGAUCGGAGAUGGGCUGCCUAGCAUAGCGGCUGGCUUUGGUGUUGUCUAUGCCCAUCCUGUAGCACGGUUUGAGCUGAAUUUCAGUUUACCACUUGCAUUAAGAAAAGGAGAGGAAGGCAGGAAAGGACUCCAAUUUGGUGUUGGUAUUAACUUCCUGUGACAAGGAACGAGUAAGAGGAUAAACGUGGCAAGCAGGCGUGUAUGCAUAUCAUGUACACUACAACUGUAUGAUUCGCAGGUGUUGGAAGGGAAGGGUGAGAUACCAAAAGAACAACGCAACUUAGAAUCCCAACCACUU